UUUAAACUGCAUCAAUCUCCCAUUCCAAUCAAUGUCGUUACGUUUGCACAGAUUCGUACGGUGUAUAUCUAUGGACAACCAAUCAUCUCGCUGUUCGUGGAAAACCAGGAGCGGCUCUGUCUUGCACAGAUCUCCAGCACGCUGUUAAAGGACUUCAGCUAUAACGAAAUCCACAACCGGCGUGUUGCGCUCGGUAUCACCUGCAUCCAAUGUACGCCGGUACAGUUGGAGAUUCUUCGACGGGCCGGUGCAAUGCCCGCCUCGUCACGGCGCUGCGGUAUGAUCACACGUCGCGAAGCGGAACGUUUGUGCAAGUCGUUUUUCGGCGAAUGCUCACAGCCGGCACUACCGGAAGGGUUUGCCUUCAGCGUGUACCACGAGUGUGCCUGGGGUUGCACCGGUUCGUUCUCGCCGGCACGCUACAACUCCUCCCGGGCCAAGUGCAUCAAGUGCGCUUACUGCAGUCUGUUCUUCUCGCCGAACAAAUUCAUCUUCCAUUCGCAUCGGCUCAGCCCGCACGAUAAGUACGUGCAGCCGGAUGCGGCUAACUUCAAUUCAUGGCGGCGCCACCUAAAGCUGCAGGGCAGCCCGCCCGAGAAGAUCAUACACGCUUGGGAAGAUGUGAAGGCCAUGUUUAAUGGAGGUACGCGCAAGCGUUACAUUUUAUCGACGGCACGAAAGUACGGCAGUGUAACGACGGCAUCGGCUGCCGCUCAAUCGGCGGCAGUUUCUAGCAGUGGCAGUGGAACCGGUGGUGGUCCUACGGGUGCGGCCUCUAAUCGUGUAUCUCCUUCUUCUUCGGUGGAAAAACCAACUCCACUCGUGGUAAUGCCAACACCGACGCACGCCGAACCACGACAGAUAUUGCCCGUGCUGGGCGGUGGGAUUGUUGUACCGAAAAAGGAGUAUUCCGAUCUGCAGCCGAUCGAUGCGAGCUAUAACAGUGACAGCUGCAGCAACAGCACAAGCCCGUUUGCUCACAUUCCCCAUCUGCUCUCGAGCAGCAGUUCCAGUGUUGCUGCCCCGUCGGCAGCAGCUAUUCGCGCAACGUUACCACCAUCGACACCCGCGCCAGGUACACCGGGAAACGUUGCGUCUCCGGUGGCUACUCCGGUAAUGGUCGUGCCGGCAGCUAUACCAACACCGUCCGCUGGCGGUGGCAGUCCUUCGGCGACGGUUGCCUCAACUGCGGCGGCAGCGGCUGCGGCAGCUGCAGCAGCAGCAGCGAUGGUUUCCAGCCAUGCCGCGGCCACCUCUACCGUGGUGACCAGUUCGGCCGCAGUCGCGGCUGCCAACUUCGGUUUCAAGCUGUCCUGUCUGCAACCGUUCGCGUUUAACAGUAUUGGCCAUUUUCCGGCAAUGGUACCGAGUACGGCUGGCUAUCUGGUGCCCUUGCUGCGUCCCACCAACCCGAAAAGCAUCUCAGCAGCCGCUAUGUCCGCAUUCAAGCCCGUAGUUCGUGCGAGGAAAAGGUAUGAAAACGAAGCCUUCGGCAGUUGCCCGCGAAGAUCACGAACGAUCACGUCGAAGGAAGUGUGUAAAAAGUGCCUAUACCGUGUACUGCUGUCAUUGGGGCGCAUGGUUUGCGUACUGUUGCACCCACGAUUGUUGUCACCUGUCACACAUCACUUGUCACGAACGUUAUUCUCAAACCCGGUACAAUAUCGCACACUGAUAAACCUGCGGCUAAUACUCGUCAGUGGCAAGACGAAAGAAUUCCUCUUCAGUCAAACGGACUCUGCCGGAGAUAUAGCACUCACAGUGUUUGAAAAUUGGCCCGAUGACUGGGAAGCGGAAGCGGUAGCAAAGGCAGAAAUCUUAAGACUUAUCUACCAGGGACGCUUUCUACAUUGCAACGUAACGUUAGGGGCGCUGGGGCUACCAUUAGGCAAAACCACCGUGAUGCACUUGGUACCGCGUGAUAAUUUACCCGAGCCAAACUCGCAGGACCAGCGACAGAAGAGCAAAGGCGGUUCCAGUAGAUGUUGUUCCACGAGUUGUUGUAUACUGUAACCACCAUCACGGCGACGAGAGAAGCGUGACACAACUGCUGCUGCUUCGGCACGGCCGUGACCCGUGUGUACGAUGGCUACGAAGACUAACACGCCUGUGGGACGGUGCUGGGCGAACGAUGAAUCAUCGAUUUGGAGAUUGGAGGCUGGUCCUGAUGUAUGCUGUUCGUGUUGAUCGUUGACAACGGUUCGGGCAUGUUGCGGACGCAUCCUUAAACGCGCGUAUUACAACUAAGGAAGCAGGGAUUUAACGUCACUGAAUGGCUCAACAGUGCUGUUGUUGUUUGGUUGCUCGGAUAUCCCGUUGAACUGGCGUGAGAAUGCGACGCAACGGCGGGGACUGUGUUUAUGCAUGUUUUUCAUCUCCUAUGGAGUGUCCUGUGUGCUAAUAGUAGUGGGUGCGUGCGUAGUUUGUUUUAGGCAUUGACACAAUUCUAGGAUGCACAGAUAGGAAUAGUCACCCAAUAGUUCCCCCAAAGUUCAACUGCUGUUCAGCCUCUGCACAGUUUCAAUAACUUUGCGAAGAUUCAUCGGAACAGGCCAAGAUACAGCCGACUCUAAAAAAAACAGUACGUCACAGUCCGGCACGGUUGCAGCACUGUGUUAACGCUUUUGUAUUAUUAGGAAGCAGCGAAUUUCGGUAAAUGUUAUUAGUAGAAAGUAAUAGUGUACUAGCAAUCGAGAUAUAAUAAUUAGUGUUAUGUUUUUUUUAAUUAUUAUUAUUAUUAUUACUGUAAUAAUUAAUCCAUCGAUUCGUUUAAUCCCACUCCUGGUUUUACACCUGUUUCCAAUGACUGCCUUAUUUUAUCGUGGUUUUCUUCCCGAUACAUUGGUGGAACCGUAUGGUGAUCAUCGAAAAUAUGCAACAGUUUUUAAGGGAAAUAUUAGAUAGAGGAGGAAAAAUAGAGCUAUAGGGCAGGAAAGAAGAGGCGCACACCCGGCCAAGGACGUAGCAAAUCUCAUUUGACUGACCAAACUGAAACGUGUCCUGGAGAAGGUGUGCGAAGAUGUAGUAAACCUCCUGCAGCACUUACAACACAGCUGCGUUCAUAUACCGCAGCACGGAAUGAACGCUGCGCGAGACGAACGUUCAUGAGUGAACACUGGCACUAGGCACCGAGCAAUAGAUGGCGCUGUACGAAUGGUGAUAUUUUGUAUUUCGCUCUCGGUAGGCACGGAGAACACAGUUUAAGGGAAAAUACGUACCAGUCCAUUUAUUGCCACAAUUCUACACACAUAUCGUUCUCCUGUUGGGUUUGUUUUCCCGUAAAAGGAAGCUGCUUUCGUUUUUUUUGCUCCUGUAUGAAUUUUUAACUUUAUUUUUCGUGGAUUUUACGUUUCACUGCAAAAUUAUCCACGUGAACAUAAGUGUGUCCUGUGUGUAUGUAUAUAUGUUAUCAUUUAUAGUUUUCUUGUUGCUCACUAAAACUAGACCUUUCCUGCCGCUUCAUUUCUUUUGGGCAGCAUUCAAAGCAUUCUGCUCUACGAAGAGAUUUAGCAUACCGUUACAUUUACGUAUGCCAGCGAUAGAUUUUUAUUGUUUGUUUUUCGUUUUUUGUUAAUAUAGUGAAAAAGGACGGAAGGGAGGGGAUAGGGCAAGAGUGGAGAAGCAGCUGAGUGAGAAUUAUUCGUUCGAACGUUUGAAAAGUUCCAUAACAAAAAUGGCAAAAGUGUGACGCUGCAUCAUCAUAGCACAGUGCAAAGUGAAGAAGCGAGUUGCAAACGAGAAAUAGUGAAAAAUGAAGCAAAAGGCAAAAUGUGGUUGUAGUUAUUAAAAGUAAAACACAAAAGUAUAUAUAUACAUAUAUAUACCUAUAAACUGAAACCUAUAGAUGGUGGUAUAAAUAUUACUUUACAAAAGAGCUACAAAAAUACUAUACCGUAAAGAGAAGGAGAGGAAUAUAACAGGAGGCGAGUAUAGAAACUCACGAAUGUGGUAGCAGCAGCUAUGGAAGCAGAAAACAUAGUAGAUAAAACAGAAACAAAUCGGUGUACACACGCGCGGGGGAGGGUUGCGUUGCCGUAACCCGUUAAGAGGUGGAAUCAAAACGACUAACUUAGGCGAAAAGAAAUUAUUAUAUUUCUGUUCUCUUCUGUUUAGGUUAGUUUAAGCAAAUGUAUUUGAUAAUGCGUCCUUAAUUGAAGUGAAACACGAAAAAAAUACUACCAGCGACUAGAGAGAAAGGAAGAAGAAGAGAGAGAGAUUUGUAUGUAUGUAUGUGUGUGUACUGUUACGGUAGUGUAAGGAUAUGACGAGACGAGAAACGAAAUGUAUGUUUCAUAAUGAUAGAUAAGUAGUUGGAGAGGGAAGCAUACAAUCUGUUGUGCUAUUACUGCAAGUUUACCACUAAUCAUACUAAACACAAGCAAAACAGCAACACUAAACUAAACCAGUUUGAGCCUAUUCCAGUUUAUAAGGGAGGCGCCCAGUCGACGCUACCAUACUAAAAAAUUUCAAACUCUCAUCAUAAUAAGCCCAUCAGAAUUGUCAUCAUCAUCACCAUCUACGUCACGUGCUUUCAUUGCAUUGCAAUAAGUUCCAAAUGAAACUCAUAACCCGUAUCUACCACUAUUCUACCGUUUGUCGUCAAUACCCUUGCUCCAAUCGGUUAGAACGAACGAAUGUAUAUGUAAAUCAAAAAAUCUCGAAGUGUUUAUUGUUUGUGUACAUUUAUCUCUCUCUCUUAAUCUCCUCUAUCCAACCCCAAAGCGAACUGCAUUCUCAUCUCUCCUUAGUAGACUUAUGCCACUGUUUCUUCUUCAUCGUUAUCACCGUUGUCAUUGUCUCAUUAUCGUACUGUUGAUCCGCGUUCACGAUCGUUUCAAAAAAGGAUCAACCAUUCCCUACCGUCUCAUCAUCAUCAUUCCCUUCUCCCACCCCAAAAAAGGCGCAUAAAAUUGUAAACAGGUGUAUGAUUUUAUUGAUCAUCGUUUACGGUAGUACACCCACACACCACAAACAAACAUAAAACAACGGUGCGUAAAUAUGAAACCACAAAUUAGGCCCAGAUACAGGAUGAGUAAAACCACUAAAAGAAACUAAUCAAAAAAACAGGAACACAAACACUAUAAAUGUAACCGUAAUACACACUGCGCCGAGCACGACAUUGGCUUAGUUUCGUGCGCUAAGUGCAUAUAAAGAAGCGUAAACGGUCGGAUAUUUUAACAUAUUAGUACGUGCAAAACUGAAACAUGAACGUUGAACAUACUAGUGUUAAUGAAGUGGCGAAGAGAUAAACGGGGAAGACAACAAUAAUGCCAACCGAGAACGCCGCGGGGGUACGAUGGGAAAGAAAACAUGUGCUGAAGAGAGAUGGGAAGUGCUUAAAAGCAAAACCCAAUUCUCAACGAAAAAAAAAAAACAAAAAAGCAACAAAAACAAAAAGAGAAAACCGUGAACGUGUAUUUCCUGCGUAAGUAAUAGAGAAGUGAUAAGAAAUCGUAGCAAAUGUAGACACCGAUAUGACAGCCAGAGGCAGAAGGCAUAGACCGGAAGGUUAAACGAACGUAACCGUGAUGGGUUGAUAGGGCGUGAGGAAGUGUUGUGUACGUAAAGAAGAAGCAAAGCCUGUAGAAAAGCCGGAAAACGCAACGGCACACACACACACAGAAAACUCGUACGAAAAGGGUUAAAACGCGCGCGUCCCGCACAUGUGUUGUGCGUUGUGUGAUGCGGAAAACUGCCGAGAGGGCAGAAAAAAGCAUAAUAAAAGCUGAAGAUGUAUUGUUAAUAUAAA